CCGGACACCUCGCUAAUGGCAAAGCGGGCCCAUCCGCCAGCGAAAUCCACACCCCGUCCGUCCGUCCGUUCUCCCGCCGCCGCCCGCGUCGACCGCGCCGCGCGGGCCUUUCCCGGACACGGCACCAACAUUUCAAUCCCGUUAAAUUCCGCGCUCAAGUCCGGCCGGAGACAGACUAUAAAAAAUGCUACGCGGCUAGCCGUCACCUCCAUUCCAGCCUGCCCUGCCCAAGCAAAGAAUCCCGUCCCCACCAGCCAGGAGGAGGGGAAAGCGGCUGCUGGAUCGACGAUGAUGUGGGGCGUCGCCGCCGCCGUCGCCUCCGCGGCCGCCGUCGCCGUGGCCUCCGGCGCCGAGCUCCUCGCCUGCGACUGCGCCCCCACGGAGCCCGCCGCCGCCGUCGCCGUCGGCAGAUGCGACGAGUUCCUCCUCCGCCAGCGGGAAUCCCCGGCGUCGAGCGGGGGGAGCGGCGGCCGGGACGACAAGUUCGCGCCGCGGUUCGACGGGCUGCGCUUCAUCGAGACGCUCGUCACGGCGCACCGCUGAAAAUUCCCCCGGGGAUUCUUUCCAGUCGUCUUCUUCGUGCGAUUCGCGGGGAGAGGCUGGCUGCUACCCUAUUAAUUCGGCGAUUGGCGGCCAACGCGCCGCCAGAUUUUUGCUACUAGGACAAAUUGAGGUUUUUCUUUCUUUCCUGACGAUUAUCGUCCUAUUGUUGUUGAGUGAUGCGAUUGAAUCGGAACCUUCAAGCGGGCAUGUGAUGUGGUGAGCGUAUGUACUUGUGCUAGUAUUUGCUUCUUCACCCGAUCUGUUAUGCAAGCAUGAUAGUAUGAUAUGAGAUGAUUGAUGGCAUGAUUUCAGCUCCAAA